CGGCAGUUUCCUAACAAUGUGAUGCCGUCUUUGUAAUUAUCUGUGAUUUCAGCCAUACUUUUGUUACAAAGAUGGCAGACAUUGAGACCAUAUCUGUGACAACUCAUGAUUCUGUAGACUCCACAAUGAAGUCUACAUUACUGGGAACAGACACAGAGAGUGAAGCUGGAGAGAAACAUGUCAUUGACUGGAAAAAACGUGUUCGAUCAGAAUUUAUGAGGAUACGUCAUUUAAAACGAUUCAAAAGAGCAGAUGAAGUUAAGACUGCAUUUACCUUGAACAGACAGUUCAUCAAUCAACAACAGGAGGUAAACAGCGGAUGGUUAAAACAACAGCCAAUCCAGUCACUUCAUACCCCAGAGACCUUUAGUCAUGUUCCUGUAACUAGAAAGUGUGAGGUAAAGAGUGGUAUGUUUAAUCAAACCAUGUCUGUUUCUCUACGAGUGAUGAACAUUGUCAAGCCCAUCCCUACCAUGUACAGUUGGGCUCAAUUACAACAGAACUACAUGGUUGAAGAUGAAACUGUUCUUCAUAACAUCCCAUAUAUGGGUGACGAUAUAUUAGAUAAGGAUGGAGCUUUUAUCGAGGAACUCCUAAAGAACUAUGAUGGAAAAGUCCACGGAGAGAAAAACUCCAAUAGUUUAGAUGAUGAGACUUUUGUAGAACUUGUCAAUUCCCUGUGGCUCAAUUAUCCUGACCCUGACCAGGAAGAUGCAGAACACAAAGAAUCUACAGGGAUGGCAGAAUGCAGUGAAGACCUCACAAAAAGUGUGUUCCCGAGUGAUAUGAUAUUUGAAGCUAUAUCCAGCCAGUUUCCAGAGAGAGGCACAACUGACUCUCUAAAGGACAAAUACCGGGAAUUAAUAGAACUUAGAGAUUCGACCGCUCUGCCUCCUGAGUGUACACCCAACAUUGAUGGUCCUAAUGCCCAGUCAGUCCCUAGAGCACAGACUAUGCAUUCCUUCCACACCCUGUUUUGUAGGAGAUGUUUCAAGUACGACUGCUUUUUACAUCCAUACCAUCCAACCCCGAGCAUGCUGAGCAGAAAAAUUCCGGAGGCUCGUACAGAGAACGAUCCCUGUGGUCUAGACUGCUACCUACAUAUGAUCAGUAUUAAACAAGAAAAGGAGCUUACUAUCGCUGAUGUGGAGAGGUGGGAGAAAGGAGAUAGACUGGAGAGAAGGGAAUGUGGCACUAGUUCACCAAUAGCUGGCAAAAAAAGGAAAUACUACGGAGGGCCCAGCAGUGGAGAGGAGAGCAAUGAUGCACCUGAGUUCUUGGUGCCAAAAAAGCAAGCAAGGAUCACGCCUGCUUGGACAGGGGCAGAUGAGUCUUUAUUCCGUGUUCUUCACGACAUGUAUAGGAACAACUACUGCGCCAUAGCUCGCCUUAUUAGUACCAAGAAUUGUAAACAGGUGUAUGACUUUGCUAAGAAGGAAGCAGCACAUAUUCCAGAUGUCGGGGAGGACAAAGCUCAAACUCCACCGCGCAAGAAAACAAAAAAGAAACACAGGUUAUGGUCCAUGCACUGUAGAAAGAUUCAGCUUAAGAAGGAUUCCUCUACAAAGACAGUUUAUAACUAUCAGCCUUGUGAUCACCCUGGUCUGCGUUGUGAUGAAGCUUGUCCAUGCAUACUCGCUCAAAAUUUCUGUGAAAAGUUUUGUCAGUGUAGUGGUGAUUGUGAGAACCGCUUCCCUGGAUGUAGGUGUAAAGCUCAAUGUAACACAAAACAAUGUCCCUGUUUCCUUGCUGUUAGGGAGUGCGACCCAGACUUGUGUCAGACCUGUGGGGCAGAUCAUUUUGGUGACAGCACUAAGAUAUCUUGUAAGAACGUCAGUGUACAGAGGGGUUUAAGAAAGCGACUACUACUAGCUCCAUCAGAUGUAGCAGGAUGGGGGAUUUUCUUAAAAAGUCCAGCAGAAAAGAAUGAAUUUAUAUCAGAAUACUGUGGAGAGAUAAUAUCUCAAGAUGAGGCUGAUAGACGAGGAAAAGUCUACGACAAGUACAUGUGUAGCUUCCUGUUUAAUCUCAACAAUGAUUUUGUGGUGGAUGCUACCAGGAAAGGAAACAAGAUCCGCUUUGCCAACCACUCGGUCAAUCCUAACUGUUAUGCUAAAGUAAUGAUGGUGAAUGGCGACCACAGAAUUGGGAUCUUUGCCAAGCGUCCCAUACAGUCUGGAGAGGAACUCUUUUUUGACUAUAGAUAUGGACCAACUGAACAGUUGAAGUUUGUAGGAAUAGAAAGAGAUGCUGAAGUGACAUGAUUUUUAACGAGACACUGAAGUCACUGCCUUGGAAUACUACAACUUUUUCCAUCCAAAAAAACAAAUGGUGUUGAGAUUAAAACUGACCAAGAACUUUAAACAAAUUGGAACUGUUAUGAAUGAGACUAAACAAAAUUGGAACUGUUAUGAAUGAGACUAAACAAAAUUGGAACUGUUAUGAAUGAGACUAAACAAAAUUGGAACUGUUAUGAAUGAGACUAAACAAAAUUGGAACUGUUAUGAAUGAGACUAAACAAAAUUGGAACUGUUAUGAAUGAGACUAAACAAAAUUGGAACUGUUAUGAAUGAGACUAAACAAAAUUGGAACUGUUAUGAAUGAGACUAAACAAAAUUGGAACUGUUAUGAAUGAGACUAAACAAAAUUGGAACUGUUAUGAAUGAGACUAAACAAAAUUGGAAAUGUUAUGAAUGAGACAAUAGUACUCAAAGUCAGGAGGUGGGUAUAUACAGGGCAAUGAAAUAUCAUUUGUUUGUUAUUUUACGAAGAAGAGGUAGAUGUGGGCAGGCUUGUAUAUUGUUAACAACCAACUAUGUCAGUGUAUUAGGUAAACUUUCUAAAUGAAAUUUUCUCUAGUAUUUUCAUGACAAUAGGGAUCAUUUUUAGGUCAGAAAUAUUAAUGUGGAUCAUGUUUAAGGGUUCGUUAAGUCAAUGUGGAUCAUGUUAUGGGUUUGGAAGUCAAUGUGGAUCA